UUAUUAACUUCAAAUGUGAAAAGCCUUUGAAGAUUUCUUCAUUAUUGCAGAAUCUAGAAACCACCAUACCCAGUAGUCAUCCAUGGCUGAGAUAUCCAAACAUGACCCUUCACCCGCCUUUAUACGAACAAUUGAAGACAUCAUGUUACUCUACAGAUCACUGCCACCAAGGCCCUCCAUUGAAGAAGUGGAAGCAGCUUUGUCUGUGAUCAAAACAGUCAACACUGAGGAGCAAACUAAGCUUGAGGAAAUCUCCAACGAGGAGAAGCCAAAAGAUGUUCCUGAAGAACUCUUCUCCAUUUUGCAACAGUUUAAAAAGAGUAUGGUUUUGUUUCAGAGUCAUGAGCAGAGGAAAGAGGCUCAGCACUUGGUUGAAGUUGACAAGUACUUCGGGACCUUUGAUGAGCUGAUUCAGAAAGCUUCUGGGUUGGUUUCUGGGGAUGCCCAGAUGGAGAAAGUGGGUGGUUUUGAUGAUGACCCAGUUGAGAAAAUCGAGAAAGAAUGUGUUAUUAGUGAUGAGAGUUUGGUGAAGAGAAGGGAAGAAGAUGAUCAUCAAUUGGAGAAACAUGGGUUUAAGGGCUUGUUGAAAAGUUCUUCCACUAAGGCUGCUUUCUUUUCAGGUGAAGUAAACAAUGAAAAAUUGAGUCUGACGAAGAUGGCUGCUGUUAUUGAAAAUGCUGCUAAAAGUGGAGCAAUAGUUCUUGAUCUUGGAGACAAGUUAGUAGAUCAGGUUGAAUGGCUUCCUGUGUCAAUUGGAAAAUUGAAGGAUGUGAUUGAACUGAAUUUAUCAGAAAACCGCAUCAUGGCUCUUCCAUCCUCUAUCAAUGGCCUCAAGAGCUUAAAGAAGCUCGAUGUCCAUUCGAAUCAACUCAUUAACCUUCCUGACUCGUUUGGGGAACUUAUCAACCUAACUGAUCUUGACCUUCAUGCAAACUGGUUGAAAUCAUUACCAGCUUCUUUUGGGAACUUGAUCAACUUAGUAAACCUUGAUCUAAGUUCAAACCAGUUUACCCAUUUGCCGGAGUCAAUCGGCUGUUUGACCUCUUUGAAGAAACUGGAUGUGGAAACCAAUGAACUUGAGGAACUUCCUUACACAAUUGGAAACUGUUCAUCACUUGUAGAGCUAAGAUUAGAUUUCAAUCAGCUAAAGGCUCUACCUGAGGCAAUUGGGAAGCUUGAAUGCUUGGAGAUUCUCACUUUGCACUAUAACAGAAUAAAAGGGUUGCCAACAACGAUUGGAAACCUCUCCAAGUUAAAGGAGCUUGAUGUGAGCUUUAAUGAACUUGAGUCCAUUCCCGAGAGCCUUUGUAUUGUAGUAAGCCUCAAGAAACUGAAUGUGGGGAAGAACUUUGCAGAUCUUAGAGCCUUGCCAAGAGCAAUUGGAAAUCUAGAGAUGCUCGAGGAGUUGGAUAUAAGUGAUGAUCAGAUCAGAAUUUUACCAGAAUCUUUUGGGUUAUUGUCGAAACUGAGAGUCUUUCGUGCUGAUGAGACUCCUUUAGAAGUUCCACCAAGAGAAGUAGCUAAAUUGGGUGCUCAGGCUGUUGUUCAGUUCAUGGCUGACCUUGUUGCUAGUAAGGAUGCUAAAUCUCUACCAGUGAAGAAAAAGAAAGGGUUCUGGUCCAGAGUUUGCUCAAUCUUUUGGCUUUUUCGCAGCAAACCCGUCUCAAGCGCGUGACAAAUAAACGCUUAAACUUCAUACGGUUUGCCCUGUAAAAUUUGUUUUCUUCAAUAGAUUUUCAUAUAAAAUUUGCAGCCAAUAUAUUUACACAGUUCAUGUCAAAAGAGAAACAAACAAUGUAUAAUUGAUGCUUACAUUUUGUACCAUCUGCAUUCCUGUGAUAUAAAAAUAACAAUUUGUG